GGCGGGAAUACAAAAGAAUGGUCAAUAAAAUAUGGCAACUGUUUUAGAGUAUGUGCUGAGUGGAGAACUGCUGGUGGAUGCCUUGGUGACUUUCCUGAAACGAGAUUUAUGUGAUCCAGGUUUUGUACCUAAGGAAAAUGUUCCAAAACAACUGGCAGAGUUGCAACAUAUUCAUCAAGAAUUUAUUCCCUUCUUUUUAAAUUAUCUUCGAGAUCAAACUAUACAUCUCCUUCAGAGUUCUAAAUCAGCAACCCCUUCCCCUGCCAAAACCCCCUCAGCCCAGAAGUUAAAGAAAAGCAUAAAUGAAAAGAAAGGUUCUUCCUCCUCUAAGAGAAUUCAGUUGUUUGGUGCCAGUCCUGGAGAUGGAAUUGAUGACAUUAAACCUACAAGUGGUUCAUUUUUUUCCCCUAACACAUCAGUCGAUGUUAAUCCCCCAACUCUGAACACUCCCACAAAUGAAGACAAAAAAUCUACUCCUAAGGUUCAUGGCUCUGUUGAGAGGAAUCAGAAUUUCUCAUCUGCAGUUGGUAAUUCUGUUGACAGAGAUCAUAGAUCUAAGGGUAGUAGAAAUACUACUCCACAUAGUGGAAGUAAAAAUAAUCAAGAUGGUAGAUCUAGACAUCGAUUCAGUCUUGGAGAGUUCAUUAUAUCUCCAGAAGUUACGUGUACAACUGCAAACAAAAGAAAGAAUUCUCCAUAUUCAUCAGGAAGAAGAAAUGAUAAACCAAAUGAUAACUCACCCUCGCCUGCUCCAACUAACCUGAAGUCUGGAAACAAGAAACGUCAUUCAGUUGAAUCAGGAACUCGGAGAUCAUGUUCCCCUGCCCCGGUGUUCAGUCUCGGCAACGCUGAUGAGUUUCCACCCGUGGGGGGUGAUGGUAAACCAGUCACACCAAG